AAACUUCUUGAAGGGUCCUCGCGUGGUCCACAAACCGCACCGGUUUUCCCCAACACUUCCCGUCUUCUUCCUCGCGCUGCCUUUCUCGGAGCCCGCCUCUGCCAUCUUCGUGCUCCGAGCGCACUUCCACUCUUCGAGCUCCAUUCCCUGAGCCACAUUGCUCGAUCUCUCCCAUCUUUUAGCCCGUCAUCCCCAUUCUAGAUUCCAGCUUCUCUCCGUCUCCGUCUACAUCUGGGCGGUGGAUGCAGUCUGCUGUGAUGUGAGCUUCUCUCCAUCUCCGUCUAGAUCUAGGCGGUGGACGCAGUCUGCUGUGAUGUGAAGGAGGAGCCUAUCGACCAAGUUGGAUCAUUUGCUUCCGAGUUCCGAUGUCGGAAUGGGCAGAAUCCUGUGUCUCGGAGGUCGGAUGCCGCACACUGGUGGAGCUAGGGUACAUGCCGGAGAAGCCAUUGAUUGGAUGGCGCCCGGCGUUCGGCGAAGCGGUCCCGAAGCCGCGCACCGGUGAGACCGUGGUCUUCGCGGACUUCUUCGAGCGUGGGUUCUCGUUGCCGACGCACCCGUUCUUCCGCCGUCUCCUCCGUUACUACGGCCUGCAGCUUCACCACUUGAACCCUAACGGUAUGCUCCACAUCUCAAUCUUCAUCACUCUCUGCGAGGCGUACCUGGGAAUCGAGCCGCACUUCGGGUUGUGGAGAUGGCUAUAUUGUGUGAGGCCAGUAAGCAAGCGAGAUCCCAACAACGGCAACAACACCUGUGCUUGCGCGAUUGGAGGAGCCUGCAUCCAGCUUCGUCCCAAGACGCAAUACGUCUCCAUUGCGCUGCCGACAUCCAACAGAGGAUGGCACUUGAGGUGGUUUUACUGCCGGAACGAGAAGCCAUCACUGCCUGACUUCGUCGACGACCCCCCUGUCAAGCUGCCGUCGUGGACUGAUCCCCCAUCUGCCGACGAGAUGGCCGAGGUGGGGAAGAUCAUCCCACACCUCAAUGGCUUGUUCCGAAAUGGGCUCGACGGAGCCCAUUUGAUCGUUACCUUCGUGUGUCGUCGGAUCCAACCGAUCAAGAAGAGGUGCCAUCGGAUGUCUGAGUUCACUGGUAUUUCUGACCCGACACGAGAGAGGUCGAUAAAGUUGAGUGAAGAUGAGAUUCUUUCCCGGGUGGCCCAGCUCGUGUCAACUGAUACUGAAAUUUGCACUGAUGGCAAGCCACUCCCGUGUCAUCACAAACGACCUCCGGAAAAUGACCUGAGCAAGUAUCUUUCCGCGACUCUGGAGGAAGACGAAGAGGGAGUAGACAUGCCACAGGCAGCAGACGCUGUCACCAUAGUCAGCCAGCCCCCUCUGAAGAAACCGAGGACCCUUGGUGCCGGCUCCUCUGGGGAGUCGGUUCAACAGAAGGGCAUUGAAGUUGUGGCCCACUUCUGCAGUGAGCUGGCACAACAGAGAGAGUCCGGCAACAGUGUGCCAAUUGCCCAGCCGCUGUCUGAUGAUGAGGACACGGAGACGGAGACCCUGUCCCACAGGAAGAAGAGAAAGUUCCCUGAGGCCCUCGCCUGCUCCACCCCAGACCUGGGGCUGCAAGAUCUGUCAUCUCUUGUUACGGUGGCGAUCUAUGAGAGGAAGGAGGAGUUGUCCAAGGAAGUUAUGUUACCCUUUCUGUUGCUGCAGUCCAGUGCCUCGCCAACCAAGGAAGUAAGUGCCUCUGCCAGCAGGGAGGCAGCAGAUCUAACUGUCCCAAACCGUGAGGAGAUGCCAGACAAAGAGUCCGUGCCCCUGUCGCCUCCACAGGCAGCCUCUUCGCCUCCAACACCUCAAUCGGAGACACGUUCACUCGAGUCACCAGCAGCACGUCAUGCAUCUCCUCCUACUACAACACUGUCCACCUUGACUGUUCCCGAGUCAAUUGAGAUGACGCACGUGCCUUGCCAGCCUCGCCCAUGUGAUAACCUGGGGUCCAGUCAGCAGUCGGUUGGAUUCACUACGAACUCCGUUGAAGUGGAGGGAGAGGUACACAGGAAGAAGGCUGAGGAGGAGGUGCCAGGGAUGCUCUCUGUCCAGAUGAAGGACAUGGAGAGCAACCUGUUAUGGGAGAUCGAUGAUGAGAUGGAGCGCGUCGAGGUCGAUUGGGAGAAGGUCAAGGAGGCCACGACGUUCUUCGAGACUAGACUCGCUGAAAUCACUCUCAGGUUCAAACGCGCCUCCGAGCUGAUAGUUAAAUUAAAGCAGCAAAACAAGGAGCUGGAAGUUAAAUUGAAGCAGGAGAACAAGGAUCUAGAAGUUAAAUUGAAGCAAGAGAACAAGGAUCUAGAAGUUAAAUUGAAGCAGGAGAGCGAGGUUGCUCGAGCUUUUGAGAAGAAGGCCAGUGAUCUGUCUAGGGAGCUUGACAUUGUGCGUGCAGAUCGUGAUUCCCUCAGCCGGAGGUUCCAGGAUGCCAAGAAGAAAGCUGCUGACUUGUGUGAUACCUUCAAUGCUCCCUGCGACAAGCUCUCGAUUGACAAUUCGACCCCGGACGGUGUUGAGGUUGUUGCUGAGCGACUGGGUAUCUUCCCGACUGAGCUGACAGAUGAAGCAGUAGCAGCAGCAGCUAAUGGGGGGCACUGCCACAUCGGUGAUGCGAACCCAUCGGGAUGCAGUUAGUGCUUGCAACAAGAGGUUGAUGACCUUAUGGUGCAGUUGCAGGCAAGGCCGGUAGGCAGAACUUUUGGAAACUAGGUCUGUAUUACCUAAUCUUGGUCAAUGCACCUGUAAUAUAUACUCUUUGAAGUACUCAGGAGAUAUGAGUUAAUUAUGUAUAUAUUUAGGGCCUUUUUGAUCCAUUAGCUGCUAAUAGUUACGAAGCUAAUUAAUAGCUCAUAGCUAAUAUUGGUUAGCGAACUAUUAGCUGGUUUGGCCCAACUAGUAAGAUAGUUGUUAGUUGUGUAUUAGCUAGAAAUUAGGUAGACUAUUAGCUGGACCUGUUUGAUCCUAAAGAGCUAAUUAUUAGUUGCUAACUAAUAGCUAUAUGAAUGCAAACAUGUGUUUUCAUGUUUCA